CUCUGGCCACCAUUGAGGCAGUCUCGCUUGUCGGCCGACCGGAGAAACAUCAUGUCAAAGUAAUAAUAUAUUAUUUUAUCGUGAAAAUCAUGUCGAUUUUGCACACUUUCCGCACAAUCAGCAAGCCAGCUUUCCUUAGAAGCGCUACAGCAAGUAAAACCACACUGUUUUCUCGCUCUUUCAGCGACGAGGCGCAGAAGGCUCGCGAUGCUGCUGCCGCCGGAGCAUCGGGACAGCCCACGAUAUUUGAUAAAAUCAUCAGCAAGGAGAUUCCGGCUGAUGUGAUUUUCGAAGAUGAUCAGUGCCUGGCCUUCAAUGAUAUCGCUCCUCAAGCGCCCGUGCAUUUCCUCGUGAUUCCCAAGCGCCGGAUCGCCAUGCUGGAGAAUGCUCAAGAGUCUGAUAAAGAUAUCCUGGGCCACUUGAUGCAGGUUGCAGGGACUCUGGGCAAGAAUAGGGCUCCGAAUGGCUUCCGUCUGGUGGUGAACAACGGCGCUGAGGGAUGCCAGAGCGUCUAUCAUCUGCAUUUGCACGUCUUGGGCGGACGUCAGCUCACCUGGCCUCCAGGAUAAGGCAUCUGAGUCAUUAGGCAGUGUCUUAGAUGACGACUAUCGAGGGCAUUUAAAAGGGAAUUCAAUAAAACAUGCAGGAAAAGGUACAGAA